AAUAAGGCACAUACUCAUUAAACUCUGUAAUCAUUUGUUAAUUCUUUUGCUAUCCAUAGAUUCACAUUGCUUUUUUCCCCUUUUCUCUUGAUGUAGUAGUAACAAAAGUUAUUGAGAGCAACGAAUCUUCAAAGUCUGACGAAUGAGAUAAGAUCUUUUUUAUUUCCUAAUUUGCAUUUGUGCCUGCAGAGGAGGAGCCUGGAUUUCCCUCACACAAUAUAAAGGCUGAUCAGCAGCUCUUUCACAGCUGCUGGGAUUUUUGUAGGAAAAUAAUCUGGCCUUAUUUAUGCCUGGAAUACAACUUUCAGAGGGUAUUUCAGGGAAUAUCACAAGUUUCUGUAGAACAUCCAUUACUGAACACUCCAAGGAACUGCAGCCCCUCAUGGCUAACACAGUUCUACAGACAGCAGCACUGAAGAAGUCACAGCUGCAGCAGAAUGAGCAGCAACACUCACAAGCUGAGUCAUCUAACACUCAGAAGGUCAAAGUAAAACUCAAGCGCUUCGUGACUUACUUCUCUGGAGAUAUGGCUCCUUUUGGCAAGUGGAUGAAAGAGAAAUGCAUCUUGCUUCAGAUUUUCGACUGGGUGUUGAGAGGUGCAGCACAGGUCAUGUUCGUAAACAACCCACUGAGUGGACUGGUCAUCUUUGCUGGACUGAUCCUCCAGAACAGAUGGUGGGCUCUCAAUGGCUUUGUGGGCACCUGGUUUGCCACAAUCUCAGCCCUCAUUCUCAAACAAAAUAGAGGGGCAAUUGCAGCAGGCCUGUAUGGAUACAAUGGAAUCCUGGUUGGUCUUCUAAUGGCAGUCUUCUCCAAUGCAGGCGACUGGUACUGGUGGCUUCUGCUGCCCAACAUCUUUAUGUCAAUGGCAUGCCCGAUUGUGUCUAGUGCACUGGCCUCUAUCAACAGUCGGUGGGAUCUGCCAGUCUUUACCCUGCCUUUUAACAUUCUGGUGUGUCUUCAUAUGGUAGCUACAGGCCACUACAACCUCCACUUCCCCCAGGUCCUCAUCCAGCCAAGCACCUCUUUCCCCAACAUCACAUGGUCUCAGUUGGAUUAUGCUUUGCUCUUCCGCUCCAUUCCUGUGGGCAUUGGGCAGGUCUAUGGUUGUGAUAAUCCUUGGACAGGAGGCAUAUUCAUUGUGGCCCUGUUUAUUUCUUCACCAAUAACUUGCGCACAUGCUGUUAUUGGUUCAGCUAUUGGGAUGGUGUCAGGUCUCGCUCUUGCAGCACCAUUUCAGAAUAUCUAUUCUGGACUGUGGGGAUACAACUGUGUCUUGGCUUGCAUUGCGAUUGGUGGAAUGUUCUAUGCGCUCACGUGGCAGGUUCAUCUCCUGUCUAUAGCCUGUGCAUUUUUCUGUGCAUAUCUUGGCUCUGCAAUUGGCAAUGUGAUGGCUACUUUCGGGCUUCCAGCAUGCACUUGGCCCUUCUGCCUGUCUGCACUCACUUUCCUCUUGAUCACUACGGAGACAAAGACAAUCUACAAGCUGCCGCUUGCCAAAGUGACCUACCCUGAGAAAAACCUCAUGUUCUACAGGAAGAUGAAGAAGGAGGAGAAGGCUGAAAAAGACAAAAAAGCAAAAGACGAGGUGCAGAUGAAGAAAGAUGUGCAAAUUUCAAAAGAUGUGGAAGUAACGAUUAUGGUGGAGAGUCAAGAUAAGGAGAAUCAGGAAAUCUGAACUGAUACAAAGAGCGAGACAGGACAGUGAAAGCCCAUUACGAAGAAAGCCCAUUACUUGCCCAUGAGCCACUUGUAUGUCACUUAUACACUCUUUUGUUUUGCUUCCUCACAAUGGUAAAUAUGUGUGAAUGCACAUAAAAGACUUGCAUAGUUUGUAAUGACUUUUUUUAUUUUUAUUUUUUUUUACCAUUUUUGUGACUAAUUUGAUAUAAAUGGCUUUUUCCUAUUGCAACUUAUGUAUCAUAUGUAAAUCAGUUAUUGUAUGAUUAAAUUUAUUGUACAGAACUAUUAAACAUUAUUAAGAUUAA